UUGAUGGAGAUGUACCCUGAUCGUGUUUUCUCGAAACCAGAGUUCACUGCGCUUUCCCCUUAUCUAUUUAGUGGUGCUGAUUUCCCUUUGAUUCCUUCUCGCGAUGAAUCAUUUAGAUUGGUCGCUGUCGAAUUCGCUAGGAAAGGCACCCUUGGUGUCGGUAGUCGACUUUGUGGUCUUGGGUUGAUGCCUGGAUGA